GGGUCGACUUCCACCUCGCUGUUUGUUUAAAGGCGUAUCCGGAAAGGGUGCUGUGUGUAGAGGGCUGUGCCGUGAGAGUGAGACAGACACAGACAGUGAGACAGAGACACAGAGUGAGACAGAGACAGAGACAGUGAGAGAGUGAGAGCGCGGUGCCCGGCGGAGAUGCUGCUCCUCACUCUCGCCAACAUCAGUAGUUUGCUGGUCUGCUCCGUCCUCAAACUGCCCCAAAUCAUCACCGUCAUCUCCGCCAAAACUGCCCGGGGACUCAGUGUCCGCAGCCUGCUCCUGGAACUCAUCGGGUUUUUGAUUUUCCUGACGUACCUGACUUACUAUGAGUACCCAUUGACAACAUACUUGGAGUAUCCAGUCUUAAUUGUACAAGAUGUUAUUCUCUUAAUGUGUAUUCUGUUUUAUAAUGGAAACAUUGGAACAGCUUUACCGUACACAAUCUUAUUUAUCAUUGGUUGGCGUCUGUUAACAAUCCAUAAGUUAAUCAUAGACUUAGCUAUGAGUUUGUCUACAUGUAUCAGUGCAUUAAGUAAAUACGUUCAGCUCCAGUCCUUGUGGAAGACUCAUGAUUCUGACCAGGUCAGUGCCCUGACAUGGAGCCUUGCCAUCUAUACUGUUUGCACCAGAAUCUUCACCACCCUGGUGACAACGGCAGAUACUGCAGUUCUUAUACGUUAUGCCGUUAUUGGUGUGUUGAAUGUGUGGGUUUUGAUCACGGUAAUGUACUACAGGAAGACUGGAAAGAGAAAGUAGUAAACAUGGUGAAACCAUCACCAGUCGUCCCUCUGUAAUGAGAGAGCAACUGUGGAGUCCAAGAGGAUUAUGGUGACUUUGCCUAUACAUUGAGAUAUCCUACAGUUUUCUUCUUCACUAUCAACCACAUAGCCAACUUUCAAUGUAUCUAAACUUCACAAUUGUGCUCUUUAUUAAAACAAAAUCUGAUUUCUAUCAUAUUUUCCAGGGGGCUUUUUUUGGUUGUGAAUUAACAUAAAUGGGCCUGUCAUUGAUGGAAGGCAUGAACUAUUUUGAAACCUGAUUCUUUUUCAAAAAUUGGACCACCUUUUUUGGACUCAAAUGGCCUGGGCUGAUCACAUGGUCAUAUUCCUAGAAACUUCUGAAUCCCACCUGCAUAAUAUAAAAUAAAGGACUUCCAGCCAGCACAAGGCAAGAAACCAUGGAGGCCUACUAUGCUAAAAUGAAUGCCUAUGCUUUUAAUUCCCUUUUGAACUUGCAAUGGUGGUUGGGGGGGGGGGCUACUGUUAAAGUUGCACUGCUAGGUUAAUUGGUAAGUUCUUAAGCUAUCAAAAUUGGCGUUCAGCAUCUGAAAUGCCAAACUCUGUCACAUGCAUAAAAGCAGAGUUUGUUGAUGACUUAGAAUUCCAAAAUUCAGACAGUUGGGCUCUUAACAUCACAAGAUGUUAAGCAGCUACAAGGCUUGCUUUACAUCGCUCUCUCUCAAAAGUCUCACCUCAAGAAAGAAGCUUAGACAUCAGCUGCCAAACUGCACUAAUUGUCUGCAUACAAGAAUAAUUGUCACAUCUUUGCCAUCAUCUGCUUCCCAGGAAAAGAACUGCUACAAAUUAAGACAACAUACUUUCAAUUGGCCACUAACUCAAUGGACUCAAAGUUAUGCACUGUUAGCAAUAUUGUUGGAUUUUGAGAAACUCAUAAAUUGUAACUCUUUCUUUCACAUUGUAUGCUUGUGUGUUUGAAUGAAAUAGCAGAACAAUUUCCCACAGGUUGAGUGUUUUGUUAAUAAA